AUGGUCGGCCGCCUGCCCGACGAGGCCGCCGGCCUGGCGCACCUCCACCGCGUCGGCCUGCGGGGCACUGACAUGAGCUGCGUCCCGGCAGAGCUGGCAGAGGCCCACGCGGCGGAGCGGUCCAAGGGCCGCGAGCCGCCGCCGUACACGUGCUCCGAAAAGGACCUACUGCCCUGCUUCCUGGCCUUCGAGCGCUACACAAUCCCCCUUAGCGAUAACAGCAAGAUGAGCUGCCGUCCCAUCAAGAAGCUCGCGCCCGACGAGAUCGUCGCCUCCUGCCCGCCGGCCGCGCUGGUCCAGACGCCCGACCCGUCCCUAGAUCUUCUCGCCGCGCAGUGGGACCUGCCGCCCUCAUAUUAUCAAUACCAGGGCUGCGUGUGCCUGGAGGGGUACAACGCGGCCUGGAGCCGCAACGGCACGGUCCUGCGCUGCCGCCGCCGCAACGACCUGCCUGCGACGAGCUGGGGGCUGAUCGCGCUGGGAGCGGCGAUCGCGCUGCUCGCGCUGUCGCUGCUGCUGCUGAGCCGGCGGCUGCUGCUGUUCCAGCGGCGCUGGAUGCGCGAGGCGGAGCUGAGGCGGAAGCGGCGGCUUGGGGUGCCCAAGGACGGGGCCAAUGUUUCCAUUGUCAUCACCGACAUCGAGGCCUAUUCAGUCCUGAUGAAGACCAGCCCGGCCCUGGCCACCAAGGCGCUGUCGAUGCACAACGCGGUUCUGCGCAAGGCGGCCGCCGACAACGCGGGCCACGUCAUCGACCAGGAGGGCGACUCCUGGGGCCUCGCCUUUUACGACGCGCAGGACGCCGUGGCCUUCUGCCUGCAGGCGCAGCAGGCCAUGCACAAGGUUGACUGGCCGACGGGCCUGAUCAGCGACGACCUGAGGGCCACCGGCAGCCACACCACCCAGGACAGCGCCCCGAGCCAGCCGGGCGCCCGGGCAGGCCCCCGCCGCAGCCGCCUGCGCCAGCUGCUGGGGGUCGGCAGCCUCGGCCUGGCCUCGGCCGGCAGCGGCUGGCUGCCGGCGCGCCCCGCGGGCCCGCUGGCCACGCUUCCGUCGUUCAGCGGCAGCGGCAGCGAGAGCCACGACGAGCACAUGGGCGGCGAGGAUGGCUCGCUGAAGGCGCGCAGCUUGAGCAGCAGCGGGCUGUUUGGAGGCCCGCGCGGCGGGAGCGACCCCGGGGACCGCUCCGGCCGCGGCGGCGGGGGCGGGGCACAGCGAGGUGCAGGGGCGUUCCGGCGGGAUGGCGGUCAGCGGCAGGCGCGCGGCGACGCGUCGGGCGGCGCGUUCAUGAAGCUGCUGAUGCGGCAGGGCAGCGACAGCACAAGCCAGGACAGCGUGUUUUACGGCCUCAGGGUGCGGAUGGGGGUAGCUACCGGGAAGCUGCCGUUCGGCGAUGACAUCACGAGGAGCGCCGUGUUUGACCUGGCCAAGGGUGAGAGCCGCCGUGAGAGGACGUGCAACAGCAUUUUCAUCCCACAUUGA